AAUAAGAUCCAUUUCUCAUUAUGCGCUACUCUGUAUGCAUUGUCGCGAUUCCGUUUACACGGGGGCGAAUCAACACAAUAGCUAGCGAGUGAACAAUCAGCUGGGCUCUGCCUUUGGAAAAAAAGGGGAGGCAGUUGGUGGAUUCUGGAGUUGUUAUUGUUCGGAAGCAGUCGGGGCUGUAGAGUCCCAUGCGUUGUUGUGUUACAUGUACGCGAGCAUGAUUAGUGUAUGGUGUCUCGACUGGUACUGUAAUUUAACACCACACCUCAUAAUCGCAUAUUUAUGUCACCUUUUUCCUAUAGGAUGUCACCAUGAGGAAAUGGACAAUCCCGGAUACUGAACAGAUUUAUCUAGUCCUGACCGAACGUUCCUGGACAACCCGUACAACCUUACGCCAGGAAUUCAUAUCUUUGCUGUACAGAGAAUCUGCUGGUGGUUACACGCGAUAAUUUUCGCACUCAGAAUGAUGAGGAUAACCAAAAAAGUAACCAUAACGAGUGGCGCAUAAGUCGAUGAUACCCUGUAUCUUUGAAGAUCUCAUUCAAGAAGAGGAAAUGCGUUUCCUGUUGUGAGAUAAUGAUAAUGAAUGUUGUAGCGACACACUGUUUUGUUAUGUAAACGUCAUUUUGGAUCACAAAGGGCUUAAAAGGCAAAGCUAAGAUGAUUGAUGUCUCUACCAUUAAGCUUAAGUUUGAUUCUUAAUACACAGGAUACAGUAACCUCUGGAGGUUUUGAAAGCUAAUUGUCUGUUUAAUACUGUCAGUCAUACUUUACAGUGGUGAAUAGUUUUUGUAUAUGCAAAAUACGAUACCAUCACCAUGUGAGACUGAGCUGUUGAAUCUAUGGUUUGAAGGCUAUAUAUUCAUGGUACUUACGCAUCCAUCUUUCACUUUCACCCUGUGAGGCUCAGAAAAUAAUUCACUUUUUUGUUGGAGGCACGAUUAUAAUUUGCAACGAAGCUGAAUCUGUUCAAGAUCGUUGGAUACAACAUAGCUGAAUAUGGCACCAGUGGAAAUCCAAGCAAUACUUUUUGCUUCAUGUAUUUCAUGGUUUUGUUUAUCCACUGCGAUAAUUCUUGAUGUGAGGUUACAAGAUGGCGAUUCCCCAACAAACGGCAGAGUAGAGAUCAACGUCGAGGGCAUCGGAUGGAAUACAAUUUGUGGGAGCUCGUGGGACAUAAAUGACGUCACAGUGACGUGUCGACAGCUUGGUUUCACCGGGGCACAGAUGGAGCUCGUGAGGUCGGAGUUUGACUCGGGCACGGCACCAAUAUACAAGAAAACUAUCCAUUGCAAAGGAAAUGAACAAAAUUUGGACGAUUGCCGGAUGACGACACAAAACUGUUACGGCAGCUCAAACUCAGCCGGUGUAGUGUGUCAAGGGCCAUCUUAUCUCGGCUGUUACGGAGACAACCCGCAAGCACGAUUAUUUACUGGAACAUCAUACGUCGAUUCAACUAGGAUGACAAUUAACGAUUGCAUUACUUUCUGUAGACUACGCGAUUUUGCAUACGCGGGACUGGAGCUGGGCUCUGAAUGCUACUGCGGAGAUGAGAAUACAGAUUUCGACCUGUACGGACUAUUCAGCGACGCUGUCUGCAGACACACAUGCAGUGGAAAUCAGUUAGAAACCUGUGGGGGCAUUGCGAAAAUGGCAGUUCACAGAACAGCUAUCCUGACGACAACUCUCGUGCCAACAACUACCAAUUAUUCCUUGCCAAGAACACCCAGUCCCAUAGAAAUGACCAGCCCUGACCUGGACAUCACCCUGGUCUCCACUACAUCAGCAGCCUCAGAAGUGUCAUCAACCAAAAGUUUGAAAGCUACUCAACGUUCUUUGUCAGAUGGGACGAUGAUGAUAAUCGUGUACAUCUUGGGGGCGCUGUUGUUCUUUUGCCUCGUUAUAAUUUUUGGCUGUCUCAUCUGGAACUGCAGACUGAGGUCUAGAACUACGUACGGAGUUUCUGAUGAUUAUCACACACCUCCGCACAGCAAUCAGAAUGUUAAUGUGCGUCCUUACAUGACCCUCAGUGAACGACGGCCCGACGGCAAUGGUUACCAGAGCUUGAGUGUCCAGCGAAAGGAAGCACAGAGGGGCGCUAUGCCGGAAGGACCAUACGCAGACAGUUUAGGCGGCGAGCCGGUGUACCAGGAGCCCGGUGUAUACUUGGAACCGGACAACCGUCUUUCGGUUGCAUACAAAGCCGGUGAUCCGGAUGCAGAUGAUUUGUUCUUAGGAGGGGGGAAUGAAUAUGAAACGCUUGGUGUAUAGAAAUACUAUCAAAGACAGUACUUUAAAAUAUCAUGUUAUUGGUGCUCGAAUUAUCUAUGUUGUCAAAUUUCUGUUGCUGCUUCUAUCGCCCAGUGCCUUAUUUGCUUGUUUGAAAUGUAUAUCACAACUCAAUUAUUUGGCUGACGAUACAUAGUUCGCGCUUUUUGGUGGGACAAAGCUUACCACGUAUAGGAAUAGAACACACAUGACACACAUGAACUCUUUAGCAAGGUAUACAGCAUAUAUAUCUACACGGACAAAUGACCUUAACGACAUACCAAACAUCAUAAUAAUUGGUUUGCUAUUAUGACUUAAUCUUGUUCUGUCCCUCCUGUCUGGGUAAUAUCUUGCCUACACAGUUUAAUAUUCCUGCAGAAUCUUGAGUAGCGAGUGUCCCUCAAGUUAGAAGCUCAUGUGUCAAGUAUAUUGCAGGGCAAGUAGAACAUGUCAGAAUAGCCGCGAUGUAUCUUGCUGAUACUGAAUUUCGAAAUUGGAAACUCUCUUACCUUUCCAGAACCCCGCCAGAAAUGAUUAGAAACGGAUCUUGAGUUCGAUUUUGAAAGGAUUGGUUGCAUUGAUAAUGUUAUACAAUGAAUGAGUCCUGAGAAAUAAUGUUAUCUAUACGAUCAACCGAUAAGUUUUGUUGAAUUGGGCUUAGGUCUUUAUCUGCGAGAGCUGAAAAUUAGCGACAUAUAUUGUCGUUGUUGAUUCAUCGCCAAAUGAUUAUCCUCGAUUACAAAACAUUCAUUAAUCAACUGAAUUUUACAAAAGCGGUGGUUUUAUAUACUCUUCCCAUAAUCAGAUAGUUAUUUGAAUUUAACUUAUCAUAAAUUAUUGAGACUUCCAUUACUCCUGUGAUAUCUAAUUUGUCGAUUUAUAUAAUGAGCCAGCAAGCCACGUGUCCUGUGUGAGGCAACAAGCGUAUUAUUAAUGUCUGUCACCAUUAUCACCGCCGGUUCUUACGAUCAAUCGGCGACCAAUAUCUUUUAAGUUCCAGCCCAAUGAGUUUGCCUCCUUUUUUACAUUUUGUCGGGAG